GUCUCCGUUGUUGUUUACAUCUGUGUCUCUGUCGCCAGAUGUGCCUCUCGUUAGCAGAGGGCUCGUGUCGGUGUUUUCCGUGCCGGGGUUGGACUUCACGUGAGAGGAGACAUUUUUCUGUCUCAUUUGAACGGGAAUGUUUCUGUUUUGUGACAGAAAGCUGAGAGAAAACAUGUACGCCAGGUUUCAUGCGUUCAUUAACGUCAGCUAGUUAUUAUUUUUAAUAAGCGGUGAGAGGAGGGAUGCUGUGCGCGCCCUGCGCUCUCUGUGUUUCGGUUUUGUUCCUCCUCGGAUGCUCCUCCUGGCUUUAACUAUCCACUGUCACCUGAUUCCAAGAGGAAAUGACAGGAUGUUUGAGUACACAGAAGACAGAGAGGACACUCAUGAUCAUAUGGAGUACAUGUGGAGGCAGUGACAUGUGAAAAAAGGGAACCGAGAGCAGCUCUGUCGACAUUCAGCUCCGUGGAACUUCACAAGAAACCAAAGUGGUCUAACUUUAGCUGCUUUAUUCAGAUGACUGCGUCCACGCAGCGUGUUCAGCUGUAAACCUUUCUCCACAGUCUCCACGCAGUCAUGUCGGACACACAGAGGUCCCUGCCCGCCCUGAAGAGGCUCAGCUAUGCGGUGGGACACUUUCUGAACGACCUGUGUGCCUCCAUGUGGUUCACAUACCUGCUGGUCUUCUACCACUCAGUGCUGGGCUUCCAGAACACAAAUGCAGGUGUGCUGCUGCUGGUCGGGCAGAUCGCUGAUGCCAUCUGUACGCCUCUCAUCGGAUACGAGUCUGACAGAACGCCGGGCUGUGGCAACUACGGCAAGAGGAAGACAUGGCAUUUAGUUGGUACGCUGAGUGUGCUGCUGUCCUUUGCCUUCAUCUUCAACCAGUGUCUGGGCUGUGCCGCCGUCACCCCUCAGUGGGCCAGCCUGACCUACUUCGUCCCAUUCAUCAUCAUCUUUCAGUUCGGCUGGGCCGCCACUCAGAUCUCCCACCUGUCUCUGAUUCCAGAGCUGGUCACCUGCGAGCACGCAAAAGUGGAGCUCACUGCGUACAGGUAUGCCUUCACAGUGAUCGCCAACAUCACGGUGUACGCGGUGGCUUACCUGCUGUUCCACAUGCAGACCAGAGAGGACGACGACCCGCUCAGCGAUACGCUCGGACCAGCAGACGUCCCCAUCUUUAGGAAUCUGGCGUUGAUCGUCCUCGGCAUCGGCGUUCUCUUCUCCCUCUUCUUCCACCUGGGAACCACCGAGUCCAAGUCUGGAGCAGGUGGUGAGGCCGGAGAAGAGGAGGGGAGGAAGAGGAUGGAGGAGGAAGAGGAGGAGGAGGAGGGGGCGGAGCGGAGACCUCUUCUUUCUCGCCCAAGGACACUGUCGUCUCUCCUGCAGUGGAAAUGUUGGCUGAGGCAGCCUUCGUUUUACCAGGUGGCCUUACUCUACAUGUCCACCAGGCUGAUAGUCAAUCUGUCUCAGACCUACAUCUCAAUGUAUCUCAUCAACACUCUGGGUCUGCCCAAGAAGUUUAUUGCAACAAUUCCAUUAGUGAUGUACGUGAGCGGCUUCCUGUCCUCCUUCAUCAUGAAGCCUCUUAGUAAACUCAUUGGGAAAUGUCUCACCUACUUUGUGGGCCUGCUGCUGAUCAUGGCCUUCUCCUUUUGGGUGCUGGUGGAUGGCAAGAUGGGUCAGCAAGUGUACGGAGCCGCUGUGCUGCUGGGUGCAGGGUCCGCCACUAUCCUGGUCAUAUCACUAGCCAUGACCGCCGAGCUCAUCGCAGAUCAGACGCAAAGUGGAGCAUUUGUGUACGGAGCCAUGAGUUUCACUGACAAGUUGGCUAAUGGAGUGGCUGUGAUGAUCAUUCAGGCCCUGCAUCCCUGCCAUACUGUGUUGUGCUGCCCGGCCUGUGUGUGGUUCUAUCAUGACAUCAUGGUCGCAGUAACUGGGGGUGUGGCAGUCGUCGCAACUUUGGCGCUCUGCUCAAUCCUUAUCUGGCCAAUCAAGAUCAGACCACGUGGUCAGCCAGUGGAGGAUGAAGCCAGAAUUAACUGACAGCCCCUCCCCCACAUUCCUGACCACUGAGCCUGCAGCAGAGCGACAGGAAGUCAAACUGGACCUGGACCGGUCUGAUCUGAUCUGACAGGAAUGCUUUCACUUUUGUUUCUUUCUAUGAUCGGUCUUCAGUCUUUCAGGGGAUUUCCUGACCGCUGUGCCACUUUUAGCUCUUAGCAGGGAGUUACCUGGGAAACCAAACUGAGAUUGUAUUUUCUGUUUAACUGACAUUUUCAGCCCGCACCUUGUUUUCGAGUCAUUUUCCAUCAUAAAAUCUGACUAGUGUGUUCAUGUUGCUGCAGUGAAGCGAUGAGUAAUUCAGCAGCUGAUUUUCAGACACUAUAGUGUGAGUAGUGAGUGUAACGUCUCUUACCUCUCACUGCUUCAGGUUUAAAGUGGAGAUAAAAAGAAAAGAAAGAAAAGAUUUAACAAAUUUAAUAAAGCAGUAUGAACAAACAAAAAAUACAAAAAAUAAAUAAGAAAAUCAAAACUAACAAUUAUUUUAUUUAUGUUAAAAAGGUCAAUCCACCUCCUGGAGUCCAUAUAACUAAUGAAGGGAAGCUGAUUCUUUUAGAUUUUUGAAACGAUCGUUGAUCGUUUUUCAUUUUUAUUUUUAUCAUCUUUAGUAUUUAACUUUUUCCAUAGAAUUCUAAUUUUAGGACAGCACUUCAUUAAACUGCAUCAAAAAGGGACAAAGAUGAUAAAGUUUAGAUUCUUUGCAGGGACUUGACCAAAGGUUCUAAACUCAGCACAGAGCUGUGAGCAUGAACACACUUCAGAUGCUUGUCCAUGACAAUUAUAGGGAACUCUGGAAAAUGAUGAGUCACAAAAGUCAAACUUUAUGUCAUUGCACAUCAGCUGUAUGAGACAAUACAGAGCUGAUUCACCUCACGUGGAUCCUCUUAAAGGGAACUGUUUAUGGUGCUGCUUCAUUGAUGAGGAUGAUGAAGGGAACAGAAGCAGUGUGAGGUGUGCUGAAGUGAUGAAGCUCAGAAACACCAAAGAAGAAUCACGGACCAUUUAAAGUCCUCACAGCUGACGUCAGUUCCACUGAUGUUUCAGCUGAACUCCAGAAAGUUAAACGCUUCUUGAACAUUCUAACACUACAGUGACAGUCGCACAGACUGAAACUGACUGCAGGAGAUAAAAAGGAGAACCCAAGGCCUCGCUGCAACGCACAAACGGCACUACAACAACACGUUAUGAGAACUUACCUUGAAUGUUACUGCUGAGUCAUUGUGCACUUCUGAGAGGAGAGUUUGUCUCCCAGUGAAGGAGCCUCAGACAGACAGGAUACAUGUUCGUGCCUCACUGUUGUAAUUGAUUGAUAUGAAAGCACUCUUCUUUGUCACUUAUCAUUCCGGCAGAUUUUUCAUCUCACCAAAUGAAAUAUUUUUAUAAUCAAAAAAACUUGAAUAGAAUUGUGUGAUAUAAAAUGACUUAAAAGGGAUCAAUGCUAAAAUAUGUACAAAUAUAAUGUGUGAAUACUAAUAGAAGGGAAUCAUGCCGGUAAAUGAACAGAGCAGGCACUGAUGUUUAAGUGACUGAUGUUCUGCAAACCUCUGUGAUAAUUCUUCAUCCAAACUAUGACUUCAUGUUUUUACUUUAUGUUAUGCCUUUAUUUCUCAGCGACUUCUAUGAUUCUAUUUUAUAAAGAGACAUUAAACAAGUUUCUUGAGGUGCAACCAAAA